ACAUUUAGCGAGUGAAGAUUGCUUUUGUCGUUAUUACCCCAUAUUCGACAUUCAAGCACUAAACUUGAUCACACAAACAACAAGCUUUUAUUUCAUCUUUGAAUAAUCUCACAAGCAUGAUAAUCCCUAACAUGGGCUACUCUGAACCCCUGAUGUCACUUCCUGUACGUCCCUACUCAGCUUCCCUAGCACCGGAACACAUUUACUGCAAAACAUACAAAAGCAGGAUUCUUAUUAUGUCUUAAAGGUCUUCAUUUCACUUAUUAUGUCUACUAUAUUGGUUAAUAAGAGUGUAGAAAGUGAUUAUAGGGAUGUUAUUUCAUGUCUAGAGCUCUAAUAAUGUGCCACGUCUAUUUAGAAAGUGGUAAACAGAUUUUCUAUGGCUUAUAUGUCUUAUUUUCGCUAAAUAUGUCUGUCUACUAUAUUGGUAAGUGUGCUUACCUUCUUUUAACUUUUGAAUCUGCUCACUUAAUUGUUGUUCAGUCACAAGGAUUUGGUGAAAGAGUUUGUCCAAGCUCAUUGUGAAGGUGAGGGCAAAACUAUUACUUCGCUAGCUAAACGUUUAGCCGCUAGCUCAUUCACAGCGUGACUCGUGACAAAUAGAGUCCGUCAAAAGGAAUGGCGUUUCCCAUCUCCAUUACUAAUUUCCUGCCAAAUAAUGCUCCCCCUAGUUACACCUGUCCAAUGAAAUAAUCAAAUACAUAAGAUGUGUCUUUACAAAGAUAUUAGCUACAUAAAGUCACGUGGAUCAUUACAAAUGCAAUAUUUAUAACUUUAGUGUGAAGUGUGAAGCGCUUUAUGUCAUACGAUUAAAUAAACAAUGAUAAUGCCGUACUUAAAGCUACCAACAGAUGGCGCUAUUGUCCAGUGUGCGCAUGUCCAGCAUUUCAUACUGUAAUGAAGUAAUAAUGUUAUUUUCCUUAAAAAUACUGUAUGACAUAUUUACAGCAAACAGGCAGGUUUGCAUCGAUGUGAAAAAAAACUUAUUGAGAUAUAUAGAUAUAACAUGAGAAGAAUUAUCAGAAUAUUAUUAAUUUGUCGAUUUAUAAACUUUGAAUAUUUUUAAAUGUGUUGUGGAUUGUGUGUUUUAAAAGAGGUUCAUGUCUGCGAGGAAACUUUAUUAAAGUGUUUGGACAUUUUAUAGCGAUAGUUGGAGGGAAAAAGCGGCAGUGAUUGGUGAUGGGUGUUAAUUAGCGUUGCUCUUGUGUGCAUGUUUGCGCUAAUGUGAUCCACUGCUCUUGAUCGCUCCUCCUGCUCAAUGCGCCACUUGGCCGUGCGCGCUCAGACGCGAGCAUCCCGCCGGACGACACUCGCUUUUCUUUGUUUUUUUUUUCUUCCUCUUGUUCUUUCCGGAGGAGAGCGUGUCUGCUGCGUGAGGGGUAUCGUUUCCUUCGGCUCCUCCAUGGAAUUCUUGCCAGCGGAUUUCAAGUUCUCCUAAGUGCGCUUGGACUUUGCAGCUUUUCUUCCAACGAGGCUGUGCGUCGUGCGUCGGCAGAGGACCAUGAUGAUGCUCGCUGGACUUCUUCUUCUGCGUCUUUUAGAUGUGCUGUGUUCCGCCGAGGAGGGCGUGCGUAAUGGGGGCGGCCGGCUGGACUGCGUGCGCGCCAGCGAGCAGUGCCUGAAGGAGCAGGCGUGCAGCACCAAGUACCGCACCAUGAGGCAGUGCGUGGCCGGCGGCAAGGAGACCAACUUCAGCGCCGUGGCCCGCCUGGAGGCGCAGGACGAGUGCCGGAGCGCCGUGGACGCGCUCAAGCAGAGUCCGCUUUACAACUGCCGCUGUAAAAGGGGCAUGAAGAAGGAGAAGAACUGCUUGCGUAUCUACUGGGGCAUCUACCAGACCUUACAAGGGAAUGACUUCCUGGAGGAUUCUCCCUACGAGCCCGUCAACAGUCGUCUGUCGGACAUAUUCCGCCUGGCUCCCAUCAUAGAGGGUGUGGAACCUUGGAGCGGCUCGGCCACUUUGCCUCCGACCAGGGGGGUCAGCCGGGUCAGGGCGCCCGCACUGGGCCGGGGGAGCCCCUCCUCCACAGAUCUUCAGGAUCCCAGUCGAAACAGGAGGGCUCACCCCAAUUGGGCCAUACUGGGUGAGCCGGCGGUGGCCCGGGAGAACAAUUGUCUGAACGCCGCCAAGGCCUGCAACCUGAACGACACGUGCAAGAAGUACCGCUCGGCCUACAUCAGUCCGUGCACCAGCCGCGUGUCCACCGCCGAAGUCUGCAACAAGAGGAAGUGCCACAAGGCUUUGCGUCAGUUCUUUGACAAGGUGCCCCCCAAGCACAGCUACGGCAUGUUGUUCUGCUCGUGUCCGCUCAGCGACCAGACGGCGUGCUCGGAGCGGCGGCGCCAGACCAUCGUGCCGGUCUGCUCCUACGAAGAGAAACAAAAACCUAACUGUCUGGAGUUGCAGGCCUCCUGCAGGACCAACUACAUCUGCAGGUCACGUCUGGCGGACUUCUUCGCCAACUGCCAGCCUGAACCGCGGUCAUUGUCUGGCUGCCUGAAGGAGAACUACGCAGACUGUCUCCUGGCGUACUCGGGUCUGAUCGGAACGGUGAUGACGCCAAACUACCUGCGCUCGCCCAAGAUCAGCGUGUCUCCUUACUGCGACUGCAGCAACAGCGGCAACAAUAAGGACGAAUGUGACAAGUUCACCACCUUCUUCACCGACAACACAUGCCUCCGCAACGCCAUCCAGGCCUUCGGGAACGGCACAGAUGUAGGUGUGUGGCAGCCGAUGUCGCCCACCCAGGCCACCACUGCCGUCACGUCGCCGCAGCAACGCAACCGCCAGCACAACAACAACAACAUAGACAACCACAUCAACACGGACCCGGGAAUAUACCACUUCUGUGGAAGUUUACAGGCUCAGAAAUUAAAGUCCAACUCAUCAUCUGACAGCAUCUUCUGUGUGGACCCUCAGAUCGACGGUCCGAGCACAUCCAACGCCAUCGUGAGGAACCCUGCCGCCUCCAGACGGGCCUCCACGCUGACCUCUGUGCUGCCCCUUGUGGCGUGGCUGCGCUACUGCAGCACAUGGACUCACUGACAUGUUUGUGGAAGAAAGUUGUCGUCGUUUUCCUUCCUCCUCCUCAACCGCUUCCCCCUUCUGGAGCUCUUUUCUUGCUUUUCUUUUAGCGUGAUUUAUCGUUGAUGUCGGCUGUGCGUUCUUUUUGCGUAAGUCAAGAAAAGAAGACGUGUGGCUCGGGGACCACGUUAAAAAAAAACAACAUUUCAAUAAAGGUUGUCGUUGUUUGCUUACACAGAAAGUUCGGCGACAAUGAUGACUGUUUUUUGGGUUUUUUUUGAGGAGGGGUGAGUUUCGUGAUGAUUAGACCCGCCCACAUUCAUCGCCAUUUGCAAAAAGCACACAAAGACGCGCACCUUUUUGUGAGUGCCUGGUUUGGUUUUAGACGAAGUGUACAUACCUGAAGCCGUUUCUCGAGUUUUCAAGAUGAAGGACACAAAAGCUGCUCCACUUUUUCGUUUACUUGGUUUCUUUUGAACUUUUGGUAGAACAUUUCUUCGUCGGACUCGUCACGCUCACUAGCUUUAGCCAUGAAACUACAAUAAUAUUUGCUAAUCUGAUGAAUGUUAGGGUGUUCGCCGUCCACGGAAUGUCGGCUAUUGCUAAGCUUUAGUUUCGUGUUAGCUUCUUUGUUGUGUUUACUCACUUUUCUUUCUCCCUGGUUAGGCUGAUAGCCAACAUUGAGCGGACUCCAGCAUCCUAAACAAGCUAGCUAGCUGCGCUAUCAUUAGCUCAACAGCCAUUGGUCUGCUGCCUUUGGGGGGCGGAGCCUAACUUUGAGUUAGCCAACGUAAAUACGAUGUUUGUACUUCAGACGAAAAAAAACAUUAACUAUUCUUUUGCAGCUGUAAUUUUUAUUUCAUAUUUCUCCGAUGUACAUGAUAUGGAGUCAUUCUUGCAUCCCAAACAAAGGAUAUCAAUGUAACGCUCCUGUUGUGGUUCAAUAUAAGCAGAUUGUUUAUGCUGUUAUGCUUAAAUAUGACCUUAUUUUUCUACAUUUUCACCUUUUCAUUUGCUGUUCUGAUGAGUAGAAAUGAACGAAGGCUUGUUUGUAAGAUGUUUUGAAUUAAUUCAUCAUGAAUAAUCAGCAUUUACCAGUGUGUUGAACUGAAUUUUAUGAAGAGAAAGGUAAAUAACAGGACAAAAUGAAUAAAUAUAUUUGCCGAACGUUAGCAUGGUCCACGAAGGGGGUGCUUUCAAAGACACUGCGUGACUUAAGUGGAAUUAAAAUGUUUUCAUUGUAGUAGUAAGUAGUAUUUUUUUAAUGAUUAAAAACUACGACAUUGAGUCCCUUUUAUUGUUUUUCUUUGUCAUCUAUUUGUUUAGACCACAAAUACACGUAUCAUAAAUACGUCUUAAGAUAGUCGGGAUGUCCCUGAAUGCAUCUCGCGACAACAAGGAACUGUCGUUUCCUGGGAGAGCCCGGAGUUAUGUAUUUAUAUCACAGCGACACUUCCGCAUUGUCACGAGCGCGGAAUGCAUUCAAGGACACUCAGCAUGUGGUGAAAAUCAACAGAAAGACAAAGAAAAACAGUAAGUGGAUGUUCUUAUCUCUCAGUAUCGUAACCCUUACUUUCUAAGUACAAUUAGCACCCUCGCAAAUCCCAGACAUUAUCGUCUACACUCAAAACAUGUGAAUUCCACUUAAGUUACGCGGCGUCUUUGAACGCAACCCAUUCGGCUCCGUUAAAGAGAUUAGCGUUAUCAUUUGUAUAUCAUUUGUGUCCUGUCAAAAAACGCAGCAAAAAUUGGCACAUUUCAUACACAUUGGCAAAUGGUGAUGAAUUAAUUGUAAAAGUGUGAUUCAUUUGAUACAAUUCUGUAAUCAUUAAACAACCCUAAUUAAUAAUAAUGAUAAUAAUAAAUAUAGAUGUUGCUGUACCUGAGCGGACAGUAACAUGCUAAUAUUGAUGCUAAGGAGACGCUGCAUGCUAGUAGAGAACAUCUUGGCAGACGAUCAGGAGAUGAAGAUGGCGUCCGUCGCUUUGGGAAAACAAUGGCGAUUACGUUUGCUUCACUUGUUUGUCAUCUUAGCUUGUGGAAAUGUCACAUUUAUUGUACAGAUCAUUAAAAAUGUCAAAAAAAUCUCACAAACUCUUUUGACUCUGUGAUCACGGGUCAUUUGCUAAGCCCCGCCCACCAUGUGUACAACCGCCAUGUCUUAAUUUCUUUCUCAUAAUGUUAUAACGUUAAAAUUAUGACUUUUUCUCAUUAGAUUAUAACUUUCUUUUUAAUAUUUUUAAAUUAUUCUUUUAAAAUAACACCUGAUUUUUUUUCAGUUUUGCUAGGGUUUUUUUUUUGUUAAAUUAUGUUUCUUAAAAGCACCAUAUGCUUGCUACAAAAUGGCCCCCGGGCUGCACAUUGAACACCCGUUUUGUACAUGCAUAACAUUUUUUGCGUGUGAGCAUCUUUUAAGAUUAUUUUGUGACUGUGUUAGCAAGCAAAUAACUACACAGGCAACCACUGAUGAUAUCAUAGACAGGGUUACAUGUAUUCGCAAGCUAGUAGGAUGCUAAGUAGGAGCCUAUCCCAACUGUCUUUGGGCGAGAGGCGGGGUACAUCCUGGACUGGUGGCCAGCCAAUCACAGGGCACAUAUAGACAAACAACCAUUCACACUCACAUUCAUACCUAUGGACAAUUUGGAGCAACACGGUCACAUCUUCAUCAUCAGCAUCAUCAGGUGAAACGGUCAGGGGAGGGGG